AUGACGUUGGACGUGUUGAGCUUCAUAGAUAGCAAAGGCGGGAGCGCGGAAGAAGUUAGAGAGUCGCAACGGAAACGAGGGGAACCAGUAGAGCUUGUCGAUCAAGUCAUCGAGAUGUAUGCAGAGUGGGUAAAGAUGGACUUUGACGUGAAUGGCCUCAGCAAGCAAGUAAACGCUGUACAGAAACAGAUCGCAGCCAAAAAGAAGGCCAAGGAACCUGCAGACGAUCUCGUUGCCCAAAAAAGAGCCCUCGAUGUACAAGUAGACGAAAGACGUAAAGAAACACGCGACUAUGAAAUCAAGAUGCGGCAAAAGGCAAGCAUGGUCGGAAAUCUGGUCGCCAAAGAUGUCCCAGUUAGCUUGACGGAGGACGAUAACGUCACACUUAGGUCGUGGCAUCCCGAUGGACCCAACGGCCAAGUAGAGAAAAAAGCCAAUAUCAUGCCCCACCACGAGGUUCUAUUGCGGUUGGACGCAAUGGACCUUGAACGAGGUGCAAAGGUUACUGGUCACAGAGGAUACUUCCUCACCAACGACGGCGUCGAUCUCAACCAAGCACUCAUCAGUUAUGCACUCGAUUUCCUUAGGAACCGAAGUUACAAGAAGAUCCAGCCACCCUUCAUGGUUAACAAAGAUGUCAUGGCCAAGACUGCACAACUAAGCCAGUUCGACGAGGAGCUUUACAAGGUCAUCGCAAGCGAAGAUGAGAAGUACCUCAUUGCUACCUCGGAACAGCCGAUCUCGGCGUUCCAUUCUGAUGAGUGGUUCGAGGAUCCGAAGUCGCAACUUCCUAUUUACUAUGCGGGUUAUUCCACAUGUUUCCGUAAGGAAGCUGGCUCUGCGGGACGGGACAUGUGGGGAAUAUUCCGAGUGCAUCAGUUUGAAAAGGUCGAGCAGUUUGUGAUCACUGCCCCAGAAGACAGUUGGACCGCAUUUGACACCAUGCUUGGCAACAGCGAGGCAUUCUACCAGAGCCUUGGGAUACCCGGUGCACUGAACUUGGCCGCGUCGAAGAAGUGUGACCUAGAAGCGUGGUUCCCCUUCCAGGGAGCCCAUAAGGAGCUCGUGUCGUGCUCGAACUGUACUGAUUACCAGAGCCGACGACUUGAAAUACGUUGUGGCCUCAAAUCGAAGGAUCAGCAACGCAAGGUUUAUGUACACAUGUUGAACGGGACCAUGUGUGCGACGGAGCGGGCACUAUGUUGUCUCGUCGAGAAUUACCAGACUCCCGAGGGACUCGUUAUACCUGAUGUACUUCGACCAUACAUGCAGGGACGGGACUUCUUACCUUGGAAGAAAGAGUUACCCAAGAAUCUCCAAAGGAAACAGGCAUAA